AACAUGUUCCCAAAUUGUUGACUAAAUUCCAAGUGCACAUGGUACCCCAUUACCAACCCAUUUCCUCACCACUAUGAUCAUUUUCUUCUACUCUAAUAGGCUACGAGUCAAAACUUGCUAUGCCAAUUUGAUUAUAAUAUGACUAACAUUUGUCGGUAUUCCACAGUUUUUCUAAUUUUAAAUUCCUAUCAACCUUCAUUUUUUCUUUCAUAAAGAUUGCAAAUAUUCUAAAAUAUGUAUACCUCUGACUUAAUCCAAAAAUAAAAUCAUUUUUCCCUCUGUUCAUACCCAUGAAUGUUAUUUUCCAUGAAUGUUCACUCUUGAACUCUUCUUAAGGAUGAAGUGAUCACCUUGCUCAUCAAGAAAAUCAAAACACCUCAUACAUUAUAUAAAACCCUUCUAAAAUAUGUACAACUCAUUGACUUUUUUUCCCCAGAAAAAUUCUCUUCAACUCUUGCUCAUCAAGAAAAUACAAAUCCAAUCACAUAUAGAGAGAGAGUCACUUCCAUGGUUCAUACAUCAUAAUAGUGGUUAGUUCACCAUUCAUUGCUUGAAAGUUGAUGGAGAGAGUACCAGUCAUUGGUCUUGUUAUGGUUGUUCUUUCUUCAAUAGCAACAGAAUUUGUUUGUUAUGGCAAUACCCAUCUCAUGAAUUGUUCCGAACCUGAUCUUCAAGCCCUCAUUGACUUCAAGAAUGGCCUAAAUGAUCCUGACAACCGGCUUUCAUCAUGGCAGAGCAGAAGCAACUGCUGUCAAUGGCGGGGUAUCGGGUGUGAUAAUAGUACUGGAGCUGUCAUUGCAAUUGAUCUUCGCAACCCAUACCCAUUAGGUUCUGAUUCUGCUACCAGGUUUGGAUUUUGGAACUUGAGUGGAGAGAUUAGACCUUCCUUGCUACAACUCAAGUCCUUGAAACACCUAGAUUUGAGUUCCCUCACAUUUCAAGACAUCCCAAUUCCUAGUUUUUUUGGUUCUCUGAAAAAUUUGCAAUAUUUAAACCUGUCUAAAGCUGGGUUUAUUGGGAAAAUUCCUCCAAGUUUGGGAAACCUCUCUAGCCUGCAAUAUCUUGAUGUUUCUUAUGAUUUCUUGAGUGUUGAUAGUCUUCAAUGGGUGACCGGUCUUGUUUCGCUGAAACAUCUUCAGAUGAAUGGAGUCGACCUUUCAAUGGUGGGCUCAAACUGGAUUGAGGUACUAAACUCACUUUCAUGUUUAACCGAGCUUCACCUUUCUCUAUGUGGUCUAUCCAGUUUUGCUUUUUCUCUUAGUUCUGUUAACUUUACUUCACUUGCUGUAGUGGAUUUUAGUUUUAAUAGCUUCAAUUCAGAAAUCCCAGAUUGGUUUGCAAAUCUUAGUAGCCUUGUCUAUGUUGAUAUAACCAGUAGCACGCUGCGAGGAAGGAUUCCUCUUGGUUUCAGCGAGCUUCCAAGCUUAAAAUACUUGAAUCUUGAUAUGAACAAUAACCUAAGUGCCGGUUGCGAAGAACUGUUCAGGGUAGGCUGGGGAAAAAUAGAGGUUAUUAGUUUAGCUUCAAAUAAAGUACAUGGGAAACUACCUUCUUCGAUUGGAAACAUGACAUUUCUUACUGACUUUCUGCUUUUCUUAAAUAAUGUUGAGGGUGGAAUUCCAAGCUCCAUUGGUAGACUUUGCAAUUUGAGGAAUUUCGAUUUAAUGGAUAAUAACUUGACAGGAAGUUUACCUGAAUUUCUUGAAGGGAUUGAAAACUGCGGUACUAAGAGUCCUUUGCCUAAUUUGAUGCACUUGGAAUUGAGUAACAAUAAGCUAGUUGGUAAAUUGCCUGAAUGGUUGGGUCAGCUUGAAAAUCUUGUGGGACUUGGGUUGAGCAAUAAUUUGCUUGAAGGUCCUAUCCUGGCUUCUUUAGGGACACUGCAAAAUCUAACUGACAUGGGACUGGAAGGGAACAAACUAAAUGGGACUCUCCCGGUGAGUUUUGGGCACCUUUCUGAGUUGCAUACCCUUGAUAUCUCUUACAAUCAGCUGACCGGUGUUAUCUCAGAAACACAUUUUGCAACGCUAAGCAAGCUCAAGAUCCUAACUUUGGCAUCCAAUUCUUUUGUUUUGAAUGUCAGUUCUAAUUGGGUUCCUCCAUUCAAGGUCAUCAAUCUUGACAUGGGUUCAUGCCAAUUAGGUCCUUCAUUCCCGGCUUGGCUUAAAUCUCAAAAGGAGCUUCAAUUUCUUAAUUUGCCCAACACUAGCAUUUCAGGUUCUCUACCAAGCUGGUUUUGGGACAUCUCUUCUAAUCUAUCACUGUUAAAUGUUUCUUUUAAUCAGUUAAAGGGUCAGCUUCCAAAUCAAUUCAGUGUAACCGCCUUUGCAGAUAUCGAUCUCAGCUCUAACCUCUUUGAAGGACCCAUUCCUCUUCCUACUGUCCAAAUUGAGUUGCUAGAUCUCUCCAACAAUCACUUUUCCGGUUCCAUCCCGCACAAUAUAAGCAACAUUAUGCCAGAUUUGAUCUUUCUAUCUUUUUCUGGUAACCAACUAAGUGGAGAAAUACCCGAGUCCAUAGGACAAAUGUCGUAUCUUCAAGUCAUUAGUCUCUCGAGUAAUCACUUAACAGGAAGCAUUCCUUCUAGCAUAUGGAAUUGCACUUAUUUGAAGGUUCUAGACCUUGGAAACAACAAUUUGUCUGGGGUGAUUUCGGGGACUUUGGGUGAGCUAAAACAGCUCCAAUCACUGCACCUGAGUAACAACAAGCUUACUGGAGAGAUCCCAUCAUCCUUUCAAAAUUUAUCCAGCCUUGAAACUCUGGAUCUUGGAAAUAACAAGUUAUCGGGUCACAUUCCACCGUGGUUUGGAAAUGGUUUUCCUAACCUUAGAAUUAUUAGCUUGAGGUCUAAUGCUUUUUCCGGAGGACUAUCCUCUGGGCUUUCAAAUUUAAGUUCACUGCAAGUCCUUGACCUUGCAGAAAACAACUUGACUGCCCAGUUUCCAGCUAGUUUGGGUGACCUAAAAGCCAUGGUCGGAGAGCAAAAAGUAACCAAGUAUCUGUUCUAUGGAAAGUACAGGGGUCGGUAUUAUGAAGAAAGCUUGGUUGUGAAUACAAAAGGCAAGUUUCAAAAAUAUACCAAGACACUUUCCCUCGUCAUCAGAAUAGACCUGUCGAGCAACAAUUUAUAUGGAGAAUUCCCGGUAGAAAUAACAAAGUUGACAGGUUUGGUGGUUUUGAACUUGUCAAGAAACCAAAUCAGUGGCCAAAUUCCAGAAGGCAUUUCAAGUUUGCAACAAUUGGGAUCUCUUGAUUUAUCGAGUAAUAGGCUCUCAGGUGCAAUUCCUCCAAGCAAGUCUUCGCUAUCAUUCCUGGGUUAUUUAAAUUUGUCAAACAAUGACUUGACAGGUAUGAUCCCAGACACAGGGCAAAUGUCGACUUUUGAUGAGUCCUGUUUUGAUGGAAACCCUGGUCUUUGUGGAGUUCCUCUUACAGUUACGUGUUCAAAUUCAGAUUCAGAUAAGGGAGAGAGUGUGGAGAAUGAUCAUAAUGAUGAUGGGUUCAUUGAUCAGUGGUUUUACUUGAGCGUUGGAUUGGGAUUUGCUGCAGGACUUUUGGUUCCAUGUUUAGUUUUGGCAAGCAGAAAACCUUGGAGUGAUGCAUACCUCAGUUUUGUGGAUAAAAUUGUCUACAGAUUACCAUGGGCGAGAAAUAGAGGAGCAAUGCGCCACAGAAAGCAACGUCACUAACGGUAGUUUAUUUUAUUUUUUUUGGAAAUUUGAUUUACUCUUAGAACUUAGAAGGUUUUUUGGAGUGAUUGCAUCAGACUUGUGCAGAAAUCUUCCAAAUGUGUACAGGACUUAGCCUCCUGCUCUGUGAUAUACUCUCUUGCUGAUUUGAAUUUGUGUAGUUUUUGUAUUCUAUUCAGUAUUAAUGCUUAUGUGAUAGGAGGAAAAGUGAAAUCUUUCUGAAUAAAAUGGAUGGAUUUCUGUAGUCAAUUGGAGAUUCUUCAUUCUGCAAAAA